AUGGAGGUGCCAGAACUCAACCGCCCGGCCUCACCUGCCAGGGAUCAGCCAGCUCUUGCCUCUGGCACCCCUGGAACCCCAGGGCGGCAGGCCUCGCCACACCUGACUCUGGGACCCAUCAUUUUGCCGCCAGAGCAGAGCCUGGCGCCCACCGUGUUCCUGAAGGCGCUGCCCAUCCCACUGUACCACACAGUGCCGCCCGGGGGUCUGCAGCCGCGUGCUCCCCUGGUGACGGGCAUAGAUGGGGGCAGCGUGCCCUUCCUCCUCAGCCCCCUACUGCAGCCUGAAGGCCCUGGCCCCGCCCAGGCCGGGAAGCCAGUGACCCCGACGGUCACUGUGAACAUCGUGAGCACGCUGCCCGUCCUGUCGCCGGGGCCCGCGCUGGGCAGCCCCGGGAAGGGGCGCACAGCCGGCAAGUACGUGUGCCCACACUGCGGCCGGGACUGCCUGAAGCCCAGCGUGCUGGAGAAGCACAUCCGCUCCCACACCGGCGAGAGGCCCUUCCCCUGCGCCACCUGCGGCAUUGCCUUCAAGACCCAGAGCAACCUGUACAAGCACAGGCGCACCCAGACGCACCUCAACAACGCCCGGCUGUCCGUGGGCUCCGACGGCGCGGGGGGCAGCCUCCUGGAGGAGGGAGACAAGGCUGCGGAGACCCCCGGGGCAGCCGGCAGCGGGGACAGCGGGAGCCUCGGUGGGGGUGACGGGGCUGGAUCAGAGAGACCCCUUUCUCCGGGUGUCCAGGGUUCUGGGCACUGCCUGGGGCCCGCCACGCACCUGUCCCCGACUGCCACGAGCCUGGAUCUGAAGUCGGAAGCCCUUUUCUGUCCGGGGUCUGCACCGGACGGCAGAGAAUUCCCUCUGGACUCUCCCCGCGCGGCUCCCGCUGGGCUCCCCCUGGCCAGCCCUCAGCGCGGGCCUAGGCCGCCGGAGCAGAGGUCUCCCGCCGCGGGCAGGGCGGCCCUGCAGCCACCGGCCCGGGCCGCAGAGAAGCCCCCGGAUGCCCGGGCCGCGGAGAGCCGGCUGCGAAAGUGUGAGAGCACCGACUCGGGCUACCUGUCCCGCUCCGACAGCUCGGAGCAGCCACCGGCCCCCGGCAGCCCCACACACGGCCUGUCGGAUCCCGGUGUGGAGACCCCGAGGGAGGCCGCCCCACGGCCGGGGGCGCCCGGGGCUGAGCGCGGAGGGCAGGAGCCCCGCCUGGAGCUGGAGAAGCGGCGGCUGGAGGAGCGCAUCGCCCGGCUCAUCUCCCACAACCAGGCCGUGGUGGACGACCCGCAACUGGACCACGUGCGGCCCCGCAAGACGGUGCUGUCCAAGCAGGGCAGCAUCGACCUGCCCGUGCCCUACACCUACAAGGACUCCUUCCAUUUCGAGAUCCGGGUCCUGGAGCCGGGACGCAGGAGGCCCGGGGCGCCCGGCCCCGUCCGCUCCCACGGCGCGGCCGCGGACACGGCGCGGCCCCUGCUCUUCCACUCCGUCCCCACGCAGCUCUCCGCCGCCGUGGAGUGCGUGCCCGUCACCAGGAGCAACUCGCUGCCCUUCGUGGAGGGCACCGGGCCGUGGCGGGAGCCGCGGGACGCCCGUCGCGGGAGGCGGAGGCCUCUGAGCCCCAGGCCUGUCCCUGCCCGACCCGGGGAGGCCCCCAGCAGUCACCCCCGGGCCCUGGUCAGACAGGCGGCGGUGGAGGACCUGCCCGGUCCCGCCCCCGGGGAGACCGAGACCCCCGCCGCCGAGGACCGGGAUGGAACGCGAGCUGCCGCCCGGGAGGGGCUGGCGGGCAGGGGCAGGGCGGCCGCGAGGAGGCCCGGCCCGAGGAAGGCCCAGCCUUUCUCCCAGGAGAAGUGGCAGGUGUACGGCUGCGAGACCUUCCAGCGGCUCUACCAGCGGGGGAGCCGCCCGCGGGGCAGGGGGGCCCGGGGAGCGGGCGCGGACUGGGGCGCAGAGCCGGACCUGCCGGUGCUGGAGGAGGCGGUGGGGGGCGAGGGCGCAGCCCCGUGCCAGGACAGGAGGACCCCCGCUUGUGCGGACACCUCUGUGGGGGCCAGGCCAGAGCCUUGGGAAGGCCCACCAGCCGCAGAAGGCUUCUUGGGGACCAAGCCCGCCGCCGAGCAGGGGGAGCCGGGGGCCAGUGCCAGAGGCCGUGAAGAGCCUGGGGCGGGCGGGGUCCCAGCACCUCCCGCCCUCAGCAGCAGAGAACCCCGGGGUCCAGAGCUGGGGUGUCAGCUGCCCCCAGUCCCUGGUCCCCUCAGAGGCGGGGACCUGGAGGCUCCCAGGCUGGUUUUGCCAGACCCUAAACUGGAAGGUGGCCCCGGGAGUGGCGGGGACGCCGAGAGGCCCUGGCAGCAGGCCCUUGAGGUCCAGAGACGGCCCAGCGGGAGCUCCGGGGAGCCCCCGCCUGCUGGGGACAAGCUGCCCUCAGAGAGGAAGAAGCUGCGGGUGGAGCAGCUGAGCUGCCCGGAGCAGCUGGGGUCUCUGGGAGGGGGAGACCAGCCCCUCAGGGGCCCAGCGCAGGACAGCUCCCCACCCUCCUUGGACCGGGACAGUGACUCUGGGGAUGGCAGGAGGACCUCUGGCACACCGUUCUCUGUGCCCUCCGUGGUCCCGCGACCGGCGGGGCCCAGGCACGAGGCGCCUGUGCAUGGUCCUGCAGCUGGAGCCCCCUGGGGGGCCCCCCCCCUGGCGGCUCAGCCUCCGGACACCACCUUCCCCCCCAAGUACCUGCUCCGGUUACCGCAGAGAGAGACACCGCAGCAGCCGCCAGGCGCCCGGGAGCCGGAGGGCAGCCGGGACCCCCUCUGCGGGAACGGGCUGCCCCAGGACCUGGCCUCCGCUGCGGGGCGAGGGCUGGGGACCCACCCCGCCCCAGGCCCGGCCCUGAGUGGAACCAACAACUUUGGGGAAGACUCCAGCUGGCCCAGGCUGUGGGGCAGGAGAAAGGGGGUACCAGGAGAAGAGAAAGGAGAUUUGGACACCAGCACCCCCGCAGCCGGGGCCUCUCUGGGCUCCAGGGUGGGGCCCUCCCAGGAGACGGCCUCUGCCCUGUCCACCCCGCCUUGUGGCUCCGGGAGAAGUGAGGCCCGAGACGCCGGACAGCUCUGUGUGGGCAGCACGCGGGCCAGUCUCCACAGCCCAUGGACGCUCGGCAGGGAGGUGGCGGCGGGGCACAGCCCCUGCUGCCCCCUCGAUCCCAGCUCCGUCGUCCUGGUCCCCCCGCCCGCAGGCUGGCCUGCGCUGGCCCGGAGCAGGACCUCCGAGAGCUCCAGCCUCUGCGGGCCCCAGGGCCCCUUCCCCUCGCUGCAGGCCGAGCCCCGGCUUACCUGGUGCUGCCUGGACGGCAGCCUGCCCCUGCCCGCGGAGCGGAAGGAGAGGGCCGCGUCUGUGACCUGGGCGCCGUACCGCCCUGGGAGCAGUGCCCCCACCCCGGGUGCAGAGGCCGGGCUGGUGAGCGAGGCGGAGUCAGGCCGAAGGACCAGGACCAGCCCUGCAGAAGGAGGGGAGACGCAGCCGUGGAAGCUCUCCUGCCCAGCAGCCCCCGGGAUGACAGCCGGAGGCCCGGGGUCCGAGCCGGGACGGAGGAGGGGACCGCCUCGGAGGAGGAGGAGGGCGAGGACCUGCCGGGGGAGCAGCAAGCAGAGAGCAGCGAGGAGGUGCAGAGGGAGUUUCUUGCAGGGUCGAGUUCGACUCAGAGCGAGCAGACUACGCAAGCCACUCCGGGUGCUGAGAAGAGAUUGCCCCCCUCCCCCACUCGAGGGGCUGGACCCACGCAGGACCCUAGGGCAGGCUUCUUCUGAAAUGGCAGGGCUAAGCUUGCAAGGGGAGUCAUCUUGUGUCACCUCAGCAUCGCCUCUUGGUUGUGGGAACAGAGAGGAGAAGGACUGGAGACCAACCUCAGGAGGCAGCUCUCCCAGCACAAGUCCGAGGGCUGUGAGGGACAGAGACACCUGGACCGUGCAGGAUGUUAUAUCCUCUGCCAGUGAGUGCGGUGACCGCUGUCCUCAGAACGCCGUGACGGGAUCAGCACUGGCCCUGCCACCCAACUCCCUCAUGCACAUGGGUGAUCACAGCCUUCCCUCCCACAGCGGAGAUCUCCCCCUGGGGCUGCUUGAGGCUCAGUUGCUGUCUUCCCAGGAGCAGAUCUCGGCAGGUCCCAGACUGCCCGCUUUCUUGGAUGCUCAAGAGCCUUUAUCCAUUGAGUCCAAAGGAAGCUCUCCCCGCCAGGACACUGCUACCUCUGUGGCUGCCGUUGGUACUUCUCUGGGGUUCGGAGGAGGUCAUACCACCACAGGAGCUCCCAGUGCAGAGCCACAAGGCCAUGGCCAAGCUGCAGGGGAGCCUCGGACACAGAGCUCCCCGGACAGCAAAUCUAUCGCCCCCCGCACGUCUCUGUCCCUCUGGCCAGGGAAGUCUUCCCCUGCGCCAAGACUUUCAGGUUUGGUUCCAUCAAGGCCACCUGGGAAAGCUCAUCCUGCCACACCAGCUUCACGGCCAGCACCAACCAGUUCACACCAAGAGGAAGGGAGACCCGAGGCACACCUGCCCCCUGAGGGGCAGGAGAAAGGAACGUACCCUCCGGGAUGUGCGUCAGAGAGCGGGGCAGUGCUGGGCCCCCGCCCUCCGGGAGGAAAGGACACUGAGGAAAUUCGGGAAUCGGGAUUAAUGGCUCUGAAGGCUGAUGUGGUUCCCUCGACGCCAGGGCAGCCUGUGGGCGUCCAGGAAGCCUCUUUGAAAACCAUCAAGAAGAGGAGUUUGGGAGGAAUGAGGAAGCAGACGCGUGUGGAGUUCAGUGACACCAGCAGUGACGAUGAAGACCGGCUGGUGAUAGAGAUCUGA